AUGGCGUUGGCGGGAGAAAUUCUUGAUUUUUCUUUAAAGGUCGGGUCAGCGCUGGUCAAACCAGCAGCCAUAGGGAAUGCCAAGCGAUUGAUUGGAAGGAGAUUCAGUGAUGCCUCUGUCCAGAGUGACAUUAAUCACUGGCCCUUCAAGGUCAUUCCCAUACCUAGUGACAAGGCUAUGAUGGUCGUCCAACACAAGGGCCUCAAUGUCAUGCGUAUCAUCAAUGAGCCCACUGCUGCUGCCAUUGCCUACGGUCUUGACAAGAAAGCCACCAGUUCUGGUAAGAAGAAUGUCCUCAUCUUUGACCUUGGUGGUGGCACCUUUGAUGUCUUCCUGCCGCAACUUCUAGCCCCAUUUCUCUAUUGCUGUAGAAGUUAA